CGUCAUCUGGCCGGGUUGCAAGACUAAGCCUCGCCUCCCUAACCGGCGGACAGCGAUUGGCCAGGCCUACUGCCGGCGCUCCGCAGGAUUGGUUGCUGCAGGAGACGGACGAAGAGAGUCGAGGGAUUGCUGGCCGGUGGGGACUCCGCGGCUCCGGGAGAGUCCGAGCGAGGAAAUAAUACUGUACCGGUCAGACAAGCAGGUUAAAGGAAUAUUGUUAAAAUGUCAACUGUGAAAUAUAUGUCAUGAAGUGAACUGCUAUUCCCAGGAUGACUAUGGAGCUUCUACCUUCUAGCAAGCUGAGGUUGUCAACUUACACAUUACUGAAGGCUUUAUCUUAUUCUAGAUGAUCUGCUGGAUUAAGCAUCUAUUUAGAGUGAUAUUUAUGCAAGCUGGGUUAGCUAUGGAAUCACUGCUUUGGUCAAAUAAAUCUUAUGGUCCAAGCAGAAGUAUUGUAAGAAAAAUUGGCUCCAACCUUUCUCUGAUACAAUGCCCAAGGGUUCAAUUUCAGCUUACAUCUCAGCCUGCAGAAAACACUCAAUCUAACCAACUAAAAGAAGAUGCAAUAGUCUCCCUUGUAGAUGUAGGGUGGGUUGCUGAAGAAGAUGAUGAAAGAGACAAAGUUUUUACACGGUUCCGAUCAGAAGGCUGGUCAAAAUCCCAACCAUUCCUUAAAGAUGAAGGCUGCUCAGGAAGAGACUCAAGUACUGAAGAAUUGUUGCCCAGGAAAUCACAAGAAAUGGAAAACUCCAAAACUGCAGUAGCUACAAACAAUGAAGCAUUGCAGAAAAUAAAUGCAUUAGAAAAUGAGCUUGCUAAUUUAAGAGCACAAAUAGCCAAAAUUGUAAGCCUACAAGAACAAAAUUUAGCAGCAGCUGGAAUAAGUUCUUCUGCCUCCCUUUCUGUCCUACCGCCGCCGCCACCACCACCACCACCCCUGCCUCCACCACCAUCACUUCAGCACAAUGUUUCUGCCAUUGACCUUAUUAAAGAGCGCAAAGGAAAAAGAAUAAAUUCUGGCAAGGCUCUGAUAGAUAGUGAUCCAAAGAAGCUUGAAAUGCCAAAUAUGCUAGAUAUCCUGAAAGACAUGAACAAUGUAAAGCUGCGCUCAGUGCAAAGGCCGGAGGAAAGCACAAUAAGGAAAACUGCUGACCCAACAGAUCCUGCUGCAAUAAUAGCUGAGGCUCUUAAAAAGAAAUUUGCAUAUCGAUACCGUAGUGACAGUUCAAGUGAAAGUGAUAAACAGAAUUCAGCUUCUGAAACAAAGAUGUUUGGGCCACACCUGCUGAAGCCUACAGGAAAGAUGAAGAAUCUAAUUGAAAAUAGACCUUCAAUCCUGCUUACUCACCAAUUCCUGUUGAACUGAAUUGCAGACAAUAAACUGUCAAAUAGGUCAGAAAAUAAUUUGAGAUUGGAAAAAAUAAUUGAAGGCCAGCUUUCCUGUUGAGUAAAACAUUUUACUUCUUGAACAGAGUAUUUUGUCAUCUUGGGUAGUAUUUGCCGAAUUGCUGAAUAAUUUGGUGUGACAUGGAAAAGUGGUUUAUCUGCAUAAGUAUUAAGAGCAAAUUUAACGUAAAUAUCAUGAAAUGCUUAAAAGCUUUCACUUUGAAAUUUGUUCAAAUAUGAAAAUGUUUUUAAAUUGAUCAUGUUAAAUUGCUCCCAGGUAUUUUAAUGUUUAUUAUUGUAUAGUUACAUCAGUAUUUUUAAACUGUUCCACCACUGUUCAAAA